AUGAGCCAGACAAACCUAACCGCCUUGAUAGAGUGGUCCAAAUCAAAUGGAUGUAAAAUCUCAGAAUUGAUUGAGUUCCAAUUUUCAGCAAAUGGCAUUUCUGCCUUCCUGAAGAAUCUGAAUGUGCCAUCGGAACCUUCUGUUUUCCUCCCCACAUCUAUGAUUAUUUCUCCCCGGAUUGCUUAUUCGGAACUAAACCUCAAUGAAACUGCGAGCCCUGUCACGGCACUUAAACUCUUGCUUUGUCAAUGGAAAGCAAAUCCAGAAUCACAAUUUGGGCCCUACGUCACGUGCCUUCCUUCAUUGAGGAACAUCGGAUCACCCCUUACUUUCAGCCCAGAGGAGCUAAUUCUUUUAUCUGGCACUAAUAUGUAUCAUGGUGUUAUUUUGAAAAGAAAGCAACUGAUAGCUGAAUACAGAAAAGCUCUAAGCUAUUUAGGGGUAAAGAACUCCACGGAUUACGAGGAAUAUGAUCAAGGCGAAAUUUUCAACUCACUGAUGGAAGAAAUUUCCAGUGAGUGUCGAUAUCCGCCGUCAUUUGCAUGGUUUUUAUGGGCACAUUUGAUUGUCACCUCUCGUGGUUUCCCUUAUAAGCUCAUUGAUCCUAAUACUUCUGAUGAUGCCGUCAUGCUUUUGCCCAUUAUCGACCUCUUCAACCAUAAACCCAGAUCUAAGGUCACAUGGAUACCUUCAUUCGAGGGUUUUGAGCUAAAGCUUCAAGGUGGUGCUGAAAAAAAUGGAGAGCUUUUCAAUAACUACGGGCCAAAAGGUAAUGAGGAGCUGUUAAUGGGGUAUGGUUUUGCACUAGUUGACAACGAGAAUGAGCAACUACAACUGACUAUCGAUGUCAACGAUAUAUGUACCAAAUUCUUGCAGAUUUGGCAAGUCCCUCUUCCGCAGCUGAAGGAAUACACCUGCUCUGUUUGCGCUGAUGAAUCGUCAACCUCAAGUCAGUCAUCUUCAACAAUUGUUGUUUUUUUGAGUAAUAAAAAUCGUGUCUUACCAGAGGGUUUACUGGAGCUGUUCGCAAGUAGGCGCGCAAAUAUAGACGACACUCAGAAAACAUUGAAAGCUCUCCUCAAUGGGCUAAGCGACCUACGGUCUGCAUUAGAAUCUAAGUUUCGAAAAAAGCUAGACAAGUUUCAAUCAUUUCCUCUUACACUAAAAGGAACUGGCUAUUUCAAUUCAGAAGAGAUGAUGAAGUCUUUACAAACGAACUAUGAAAAUGCCUGCAUUUACCGGCAAUCUCAACUCGAUCUGUGGCUUUCGCUGAAGCAAAAGUUGAAAAGCUUGGAGAAGGAGCUAUUAAAACAACAUCGACCUCGCGUCAUCACCAUUAAAGACAUUAUGACAAAGGAAUUAUUCAUGCAAGAUGUAGCCAUCCAGUUGCGGCUACCACUGGCUAUAAACAUUCUCUCAUCUUCUGAUAUAGAGAUAUUGAUCAGAAUAUGGGUCUUACGCGUGACAGAAGGAGCACAGUCGCACUUCAAUACAGCUUGGGUCAAAAGGGAGUUUGCAUCAGUAUCUCCAGGAGUGGGCUCUGAGGUGGCGGAAGUUUGUGACAUGUAUGAAUAUUUAAAAGCGUCCUCACAGUGCCUCAAAUUGAAUUCAUGGUCCUUAAAAGAUCUGAUGAAAGCUGAUCUAGUUAUUGAGCGUAAUUCUUAUGCUAAAGGCUCGAAGAGGGAAACGGUUUUAAUCUGUCCCACUAAUCUUUGA